GGACCCAAGCGCCCAGACAAUAGUUGAUGCUCGGGGACGGGGGCACCUCCACCCCCAACGACGCCAGGAACGCGCCCCCCGCUGGCCGCUCUCCAGUCUGCAUUCCGGGUCCCCCCGGGAGCCAGGCUCGGGAGUUGGGCUGAUUCGCCCUCGCCUCCCCCCUCCGAUCCCCCUCCGCUGGGCGCCCUCCCCGGCCUCGCCGCCUGCCGUUCUCCGCCGAAAAGGCGGCGAGUGAGCGCGCGCCGACCGUCUACAAGGUUUCUCUUUCUCCCCAGGGAGGGCGCGCGGCGGACGCACCCGGGACGCGCGGCAGCACCGGGGAGGCCCGGCCCAGCGGUUCAGUUUCAAAUUUGAAUCUCCUGCAGUACUGACUGUAACCUCAUUUCCAAGAUUUUUGUAUAAGAGGUAGAUCAAAAGGACUGUCCUUUCAGGUUUUGAGAGAAUACCUCAAGUUGGAUUCAAAAGCAAGACUUACUACUAACUUUGAAGUGGAAAAAGGUUGCACAUUAUUACUGUGGAUGCUACUUGUCUAAAUUUCUGUAGCCAUGACACAAGAAUAUAAGAAAGCCCGGGAUUAUGGCAAUCACAGAGUCCCCAUAAUACAAGUCUCAUUCAGUUUUUUCUGAAGAAAGCCAUCUAUUAAAGUUAAGUAAAGGAACUAGUGUGGAUUAUAACGUUUUGAAGAUCUGGAUUUUUCAGAAGUUUGAAUAUAAGGCAUUGUUUAACCUUUAAAUGAACAAGGUUAAGAUCUCAUGCGACUGCUGUGUUUGCUGGAGACCGUUCUACAAAAGGGAAGUGCCCAUUUAAAACUUCGAAAUGGUGGUCCUUUCUUCAGGGAUUUAAGUCUGAUUGCUUUUACAUCAUGACCAGCUUGAAACGGUCCCAGACGGAGAGGCCUGUUGCCACCGAAAGGGCCUCGGUCAUCGGCACAGAUGGCCCUCCCAAAGUCCACACCGACGACUUCUACAUGCGGCGUUUCAGGUCCCAAAAUGGAAGUUUGGGGUCCUCCAUCAUGGCGCCUGUGGGGCCCCCCCGCAGUGAAGGUUCGCACCAUAUAACCUCGACCCCCGGGGUCCCAAAGAUGGGGGUUAGGGCAAGGAUUGCAGAUUGGCCCCCACGGAAGGAAAACGUAAAAGAAUCUAGUCGUACAAGUCAGGAAAUAGAAACCUCAAGUUGCCUUGAGAGCCUGUCCUCCAAAAGCAGUCCUGUGAGUCAGGGAAGUUCUGUUAGCCUCAAUUCCAGUGACUCAGCCAUGUUAAAAAGCAUACAGAACACGCUGAAAAACAAGACAAGACCGUCGGAGAACAUGGACUCCAGAUUUCUCAUGCCUGAAGCCUAUCCCAGCUCCCCUAGGAAGGCUCUUCGCAGAAUACGACAGCGGAGCAACAGUGAUAUCACCAUAAGUGAACUUGACGUGGAUAGCUUUGAUGAAUGUAUCUCGCCCACCUACAAGACUGGGCCGUCACUACACAGGGAAUAUGGUAGCACAUCUUCAAUUGACAAGCAGGGAACGUCCGGAGAGAGCUUCUUUGAUUUGUUAAAGGGCUACAAAGACGACAAAUCCGAUCGAGGUCCAACUCCAACCAAGCUCAGUGACUUUCUCAUCGCUGGUGGGGCCAAGGGUUCCGGUUUCUCUUUGGAUGUUAUAGAUGGGCCCAUCACACAGAGAGAGAACCUCAGGCUCUUUAAGGAAAGGGAAAAACCACUCAAGCGACGUUCCAAGUCUGAAACCGGAGACUCCUCCAUUUUUCGUAAGUUACGCAAUGCCAAAGCUGAUGAACUUGGGAAAUCGUCGGAUCUUGAAGAUAACCGAUCAGAAGACUCCGUCAGGCCCUGGACGUGCCCAAAGUGCUUUGCCCACUAUGAUGUCCAGAGUAUAUUAUUUGACUUGAACGAGGCGAUUAUGAACAGGCACAAUGUUAUCAAGCGGAGAAACACCACCACGGGGGCUUCGGCAGCUGCCGUGGCUUCUUUGGUCUCAGGACCGUUGUCCCACUCGGUCAGUUUUAGCUCCCCGAUGGGCAGCACAGAGGACUUGAAUUCCAAAGGAAGCCUCAGCGUGGACCAGGGAGAUGAUAAAAGCAAUGAACUUGUAAUGAGCUGCCCGUAUUUUCGGAAUGAGAUAGGCGGAGAAGGUGAGAGGAAGAUCAGCCUGUCGAAAUCAAAUUCUGGCUCCUUCAGUGGGUGUGAAAGUGCCUCCUUUGAGUCUGCACUCAGCUCCCAUUGCACGAAUGCAGGAGUGGCGGUGCUGGAAGCGCCCAAGGAAAACGUACUGUUGCAUCUGGAUGGUGUGAAAAGGUACAUUGUGGAACACGUGGACCUCGGCGCCUACUAUUACAGGAAAUUCUUCUACCAGAAGGAACACUGGAACUAUUUUGGGGCUGAUGAGAAUCUUGGUCCAGUGGCUGUGAGCAUUCGAAGGGAAAAACCAGAAGAAAUGAAAGAAAAUGGAUCUCCUUACAACUACCGAAUAAUAUUUAGAACUAGUGAGCUCAUGACACUGAGAGGUUCAGUCCUGGAGGAUGCCAUUCCUUCAACGGCAAAGCACUCGACAGCCAGAGGGCUACCCCUGAAAGAAGUGCUGGAGCACGUGAUUCCCGAGCUCAACAUCCAGUGCCUGCGCUUGGCCUUCAACACGCCCAAAGUCACAGAGCAGCUCAUGAAACUGGAUGAACAAGGGCUGAACUAUCAGCAGAAAGUCGGCAUCAUGUACUGCAAAGCCGGACAGAGCACGGAGGAAGAGAUGUACAACAAUGAAUCAGCCGGCCCCGCCUUUGAGGAAUUCCUUCAGCUGCUGGGAGAACGCAUUCGGCUCAAAGGAUUCGAGAAGUACCGCGCACAGCUUGACACCAAAACUGACUCCACUGGAACCCAUUCUCUGUACACAACAUACAAAGACUAUGAAAUUAUGUUCCAUGUUUCUACCAUGCUGCCAUACACACCUAACAACAAACAACAGCUCCUACGGAAGCGGCACAUUGGAAAUGAUAUCGUAACAAUUGUUUUCCAAGAGCCUGGAGCACAGCCGUUCAGCCCAAAAAACAUCCGAUCCCACUUUCAGCACGUUUUCGUCAUCGUCAGGGUUCACAACCCCUGCACAGACAGUGUCUGUUACAGUGUGGCUGUUACCAGGUCCAGAGAUGUGCCUUCCUUUGGACCUCCCAUCCCCAAAGGGGUCACUUUCCCUAAGUCAAACGUGUUCAGGGACUUCCUUUUGGCCAAAGUGAUUAAUGCAGAGAACGCUGCUCAUAAAUCAGAAAAGUUUCGGGCCAUGGCAACUCGGACCCGCCAGGAAUACCUGAAAGAUCUGGCAGAAAAGAAUGUCACCAACACCCCUAUUGACCCGUCGGGCAAGUUCCCAUUCAUCUCUCUGGCCUCUAAGAAGAAGGAAAAGUCGAAGCCUUAUCCAGGAGCUGAGCUCAGCAGCAUGGGGGCCAUUGUGUGGGCUGUCCGCGCCAAAGACUACAACAAAGCUAUGGAACUGGACUGCCUCUUCGGGGUCUCCAAUGAGUUCAUCAUCCUCAUUGAACAGGAAACGAAGAGUGUGGUUUUCAACUGUUCCUGCCGCGAUGUGAUAGGGUGGACUUCAACCGACACCAGCCUCAAAAUCUUCUAUGAGCGAGGGGAAUGCAUUUCGGUGGAGAGUUUUAUUAACAACGAAGACAUCAAAGAGAUUGUCAAAAGGUUGCAGUUUGUGUCCAAAGGCUGUGAGUCGGUGGAAAUGACCCUGCGAAGGAAUGGGCUCGGACAGCUUGGCUUCCAUGUCAACUAUGAGGGCAUCGUGGCAGACGUGGAGCCCUACGGCUACGCCUGGCAGGCAGGGCUGCGGCAGGGCAGCCGGCUGGUAGAGAUCUGCAAGGUGGCGGUGGCCACCCUGAGCCAUGAGCAGAUGAUCGACCUCCUGAGAACAUCCGUCACAGUGAAAGUCGUCAUUAUUCCCCCCCAUGAUGACUGCACCCCGCGGAGGAGUUGCUCUGAAACCUAUCGCCUGCCAGUGAUGGAGUACAAGAUGAAUGAAGGGGUUUCCUACGAGUUCAAGUUUCCCUUCCGAAAUAAUAACAAAUGGCAGAGGAACGCCAGCAAGGGACCUCAUGCUUCUCAGGUCCCGUCCCAGGUGCAGAGUCCCAUGACCUCGCGGCUGAAUGCCGGGAAAGGAGACGGGAAAAUGCCUCCCCCAGAAAGAGCUGCCAACAUUCCUCGCAGCAUCUCCAGUGAUGGGCGUCCACUGGAGAGGCGGCUGUCUCCUGGUUCGGACAUCUAUGUGACGGUCUCAUCCAUGGCUUUAGCAAGAUCCCAGCAGUGUCGUAACUCCCCCAGCAACCUCUCUUCAUCCAGUGACACUGGCUCUGGUGGGGGCACUUACAGGCAGAAAUCCAUGCCUGAAGGGUUUGGAGUAAGCCGCCGAUCCCCAGCCUCCAUCAUUGACAGGCAGAACACCCAGUCAGACAUUGGUGGCAGCGGAAAAUCCACACCCAGCUGGCAAAGAAGUGAGGAUAGCAUUGCCGAUCAGAUGGACGCAAAACCUGUACUUAAGUACACUUCGCUUCCCUUGCAGUCCGAUAGCCACUACUCGAGCCACUCCAGCAGCAAUACCCUCUCCAGCAACGCCUCGAGUGCCCACAGUGACGAGAAGUGGUAUGAUGGGGACCGCACGGAAUCCGAACUCAACAGCUACAACUACCUGCAGGGCACCUCUGCUGACAGUGGCAUCGACACAACCUCCUAUGGCCCCAGCCACGGCAGCACGGCCUCCCUGGGGGCCGCCACGUCGUCCCCUCGCUCAGGGCCAGGCAAGGAGAAAGUGACCCCCCUGUGGCAUAGCUCCAGUGAAGUGAUCUCCAUGGUUGAUCGGACUUUAGAGACAGACGGCCAUGGCAUGGACCGGAAAACAGAGUCCUCCCUGAGCUUGGAUAUCCACAGCAAGAGCCAGGCUGGGUCCAACCCUCUGACCAGGGAGAACAGCACUUUCAGUAUAAACGACGCUGCUUCCCACACAAGCACCAUGAGCUCCCGUCACUCGGCCAGCCCAGUUGUCUUCACCAGUGCCAGAAGUUCACCCAAAGAGGAGCUUCAUCCUGCCACCUCCUCGCAACUUGCCCCUUCCUUCUCCUCUUCCUCAUCCUCCUCAUCGGGUCCCAGGACUUUCUACCCUCGCCAGGGUGCUACUAGCAAGUACCUGAUUGGAUGGAAAAAACCCGAAGGAACCAUAAACUCCGUGGGAUUUAUGGACACACGAAAGCGUCAUCAGAGUGAUGGCAAUGAAAUAUCCCACACCAGGCUACGUGCCUCAACCAGGGACCUGCGAGCAUCCCCUAAGCCAACCUCCAAGUCCACCAUUGAGGAGGAUCUCAAGAAACUCAUCGACCUUGAAAGUCCAACUCCCGAAUCCCAGAAGAACUUUAAGUUCCAUGCGCUCUCCUCGCCCCAGUCUCCAUUUCCUACCACCCCCACCUCACGGCGGGCCUUGCACAGAACGCUGUCAGAUGAGAGCAUUUACAGUGGCCAGAGGGAGCACUUUUUCACCUCAAGGGCUUCGCUUCUGGACCAAGCCCUGCCCAACGAUGUCCUCUUCAGUAGCACCUACCCUUCUCUCCCCAAGUCUCUUCCAUUGCGGAGGCCUUCCUACACCUUGGGGAUGAAGUCGUUGCAUGGAGAGUUCUCGGCCUCGGACAGCUCCCUCACUGACGUCCAGGAGACCCGAAGGCCCAUGCCCGACCCCGGCCUGAUGCCCCUGCCCGAUUCUGCUGCCGAUUUGGAUUGGUCCAACUUGGUGGAUGCCGCCAAGGCCUAUGAGGUCCAGAGAGCCUCAUUCUUUGCUGCUAGUGAUGAGAACCAUCGCCCCUUGAGUGCUGCAUCCAACAGUGACCAGCUUGAGGACCAGGCUCUGGCCCAGAUGAAGUCUUACAGCAGCAGUAAAGACUCCUCUCCCACUCUGGCUUCCAAAGUGGACCAGCUGGAAGGGAUGUUGAAGAUGCUUCGGGAAGAUUUGAAGAAGGAAAAGGAAGACAAAGCCCACCUUCAGGCGGAAGUUCAGCACUUGCGAGAGGACAACCUGAGGCUGCAGGAGGAGUCCCAGAACGCCUCCGACAAGCUGAAGAAGUUCACCGAGUGGGUCUUCAAUACCAUAGACAUGAGCUAGGGCAGGCCGAGGUGGACAGGAGAGAGGGACCCGGGAGCCUCUGAGUGAGGCUGGGAAGCCCCUUAGUCACGCCAUUGAGCACAUUCUCAGAGCAACCUCCUCAGCUUCCUGCUUGCCCUCUUUCCAGGAGCGCACAGCAAUUGCAGAUCAACAAUCAUUAUCUGCCUUUUGUAGAAAAGAAAAAAAGUAAAAAUUUUAAAAAGUAAAAUAAAAGUUUAACUGCUAAAAUGUGAAUGUCUUUAUUU